UUUUUACAGUUAUGUUUGUGGUUUGUUUGUGGCUUUUUACUUUGCUCUUUUUUGAAAUGGCAAAAUUUAUUUUUUAUUAUAAAAUGAGUGUCGACCUUACCGGCCUGAUUUCUGAUAGUUUUCGCCUAUUUUGUAAUUUUUUUAUUUAUUAAUUUUAACCCUUUAUUCCUUGUUCAGCACUAUUGGGGAAAAGGGGCCAAUAUUGCCACCAAGUGGUAAGAUUGAGGAACUGCAGGAAUCUCCUCUGAGAUCCUCCUUCCCCCUUUUUAUCCACGGCGGGGCUCGGUGGAGAGUAGUGUUCAUGUCCUGGAGGAGGUGAUCUGACACAGCGACGAGGAGGUGGAGGAGACGCAGUUUAUAAAGGAGGAGGGGAAACACACGUAAACUGCUCUGCAACAAGAAGGACAGAAGGAGAGCUUUAAAAAAAUAAACCACUGAAGCGGAAAACAGUCUCACUGCACCGCGGAGAUGGGGAACCGGGGGAUGGAGGAUCUGAUUCCUCUGGUGAACCGCAUGCAGGAUGCUUUCUCCGCCAUCGGCCAGAACGCAAACCUGGACCUGCCGCAGAUUGCAGUGGUGGGCGGCCAGAGUGCGGGGAAGAGCUCCGUGCUGGAGAACUUCGUGGGGAAGGAUUUUCUUCCUCGUGGUUCUGGCAUCGUGACUCGUCGACCUCUGGUCCUGCAGCUGAUGAACUGUCCCACAGAGUACGCAGAAUUUCUCCACUGUAAAGGCAAAAAGUUCACGGAUUUCGAUGAGGUUCGUCAGGAGAUCGAAGCCGAGACCGACCGCAUCACUGGGGCCAACAAGGGCAUCUCCCCCGUGCCCAUCAACCUGCGGGUGUAUUCUCCUCACGUGCUGAACCUGACGUUGGUGGACCUGCCUGGAAUGACCAAGGUGCCCGUGGGGGACCAACCUGCAGACAUUGAGGCCCAGAUCAAAGACAUGCUCAUGCAGUUUGUCACCAAGGAGAACUGUUUGAUGCUGGCUGUGUCCCCGGCCAACUCUGAUCUGGCCAACUCUGACGCUUUAAAGAUUGCCAAAGAGGUCGACCCUCAGGGCAUGAGGACCAUUGGUGUCAUCACUAAACUGGACCUGAUGGACGAGGGGACAGACGCCAAAGACAUCCUGGAGAAUAAACUGCUUCCACUCAGGAGGGGUUACAUCGGGGUUGUGAACCGGAGCCAGAAGGACAUCGAUGGAAGGAAGGACAUAACUGCUGCCAUGACUGCAGAGAGGAAGUUCUUUCUGUCUCACCCUGCGUACAGACACCUGGCCGAUCGCAUGGGAACUCCGUACCUGCAGAAAACCCUCAAUCAGCAACUGACCAACCACAUCCGGGACACUCUGCCAGCCCUGAGAGCCAAGCUGCAGAGUCAGCUCCUCUCCAUAGAGAAGGAGGUGGAGGAGUACAAGAACUUCAGACCGGACGACCCGUCGCGCAAGACCAAGGCUCUGCUGCAGAUGGUGCAGCAGUUUUCCGUGGACUUUGAGAAGUGCAUCGAAGGCUCCGGGGAUCAGAUCGACACGGCGGAGCUGUCAGGUGGAGCCAGGAUCAACCGCAUUUUCCACGAGCGCUUCCCGUUCGAGCUGGUCAAGAUGGAGUUCGAUGAGAAGGAGCUGCGUAAGGAGAUCAGCUACGCCAUCAAGAACAUCCACGGCAUCAGAACUGGCCUCUUCACGCCGGACAUGGCAUUUGAGACCAUUGUGAAAAGGCAGAUCGGGAAGAUUAAAGAGCCGUGCACCAAAUGUGUGGACAUGGUCAUAUCUGAGCUAGUCAAUACGGUUAGGCAGUGUACCAAGAAGCUGGCUCAGUAUCCAAUGCUGAGGGAAGAGAUGGAGAGAAUUGUAACUCACCACAUCAGGGACAGAGAAAGUCGCUGUAAGAACCAGGUCCUGCUGAUGAUAGACAUCGAGUUGUCCUACAUGAACACCAACCAUGAGGACUUCAUUGGAUUUGCCAACGCUCAGCAGAGGAUCAACCAAAUGAACAAGAAAAAAGCAGCCGGCAACCAGGAUGAAAUCAUGCCUGAGAGAGGAGUAAAUGAUCGGUUCAAGGUGAUCAGGAAGGGCUGGCUGACCAUCAACAACAUCAGCAUCAUGAAGGGAGGAGCCAAGGAGUACUGGUUUGUCCUCACAGCUGAGUCUCUCUCCUGGUACAAGGACGAUGAGGAAAAAGAGAAGAAGUACAUGCUGCAAGUGGACAACCUGAAGCUGAGAGAUGUGGAGAAAGGCUUCAUGUCCAGCAAACACAUCUUUGCGCUGUUCAACACCGAACAGAGGAAUGUGUACAAGGACUACCGUCAACUGGAGCUGGCCUGUGAGAGUCAGGAAGACAUCGACGCGUGGAAGGCGUCUUUCCUCAGAGCUGGAGUUUACCCCGAACGUGUCACGGAGAAGGAGGGAAAGACUGAAGGUGGCGACGACAGCAGCUCUGACAACUUAAUGCACAGCAUGGACCCCCAGCUGGAGCGACAGGUGGAGACCAUUCGGAACCUGGUGGACUCCUACAUGACCAUCGUCAACAAGACCGUCCGCGACUUGAUCCCCAAGACCGUCAUGCACCUCAUGAUUAACAACACCAAGGAGUUCAUCAACGCCGAGCUGCUGGCCCAGCUGUACUCGUGUGGAGACCAGAACACACUGAUGGAGGAGUCUCAGGAGCAGGCGCUGCACCGCGACGAGAUGCUGCGGAUGUACCACGCCCUGAGAGAGGCCCUCAGCAUCAUCGGUGACAUCAGCACGUCUACCGUGAGCACGUCCAUGCCCCCGCCAGUGGACGACUCCUGGCUGCAGGUGCAUCGAGGCAGCCCCAGUGGAAGAUCUCCGGCCACCAGCCCCACGCCAAACCGCAGAGCUCCACCGGGACCACCCACACGCCCAGGUUCUCGUGGGCCUCCACCGGGGCCUCCUCCAGCAGGGGGACCUCCCGUCCCGUCCCGUCCCGGGGCCUCUCCUGACCCCUACGGUGGGCCGCCCACUGUGCCCUUCAGACCAAACCGUGGCCCCCCAAAUGUACCCAGUCGGAGACCCCCGCCUUCUCCAACCCACUAGCCCUCAGACACCUCUCCCGCCCCGCUCUGUCCGUCCGUUCGUCCCUGUUGUGGAUGAGGGUCCAAGGACAACAGCACCACCUACCUGUCGUUUUCUGCCUCGCCUAAACCUCAGACGGCUCCCCCAGCCCUGGUCCCCCGUCUCACGUUUUUCACAUUUUUGUCUCCUCUCUCCCUCCCUCUCUCUCCAUCAUUCAUAACUCUUUUUUUUCACAGCAGACAACUAUAAAACAAAGCUGCAUGAUUGACAAACUCACUGCAACAAUAACUUUUAAAGGACCAGGUUUAGAUCAGUGAAUAAGGAGCAAACUUCUCUGCAUGGAUCUGCAGCACGUACACACUGCUAACACAAAGUUUCAGUUCAGCUCUUAGUCUGACUGACUCUAUUGAUCGUUUUCAAAAAUUCUCUCUUUUCAAGUUGACACUAAUUUAUUUCCUGUGAUGGUGAAAGAAAAAAAAAAAACUCUAGCAGAGUUUAUCAUCAUUUUGUCAUUUGGCAGU